AUGGAAAGCACGGACGAGCAGGCGAGAGCGUCGUUCGACGACUUGGCUCUGUUCGGUUUCUUCCCGCUGGUGUCAUUCUUGGAACGCAUGUCGGUGCUGACCGUCGUGUUGCCCAGCCUGCUCAAGCAGCUCGCGCCCGCGCGCGCGGUGGCGCAGGAGAUGGUGGCUGACGUCAGAGGCCCCUCGGAGACAAGAAAGUACGCGGAGAAGUUCCUGGAGAGCACGAGCAAGUUGCAAGCGCUCUGUGAGGCUCCUCCGAAGAGCCCCUUCGACGCGCGCCCAGAGGAAGACGUUCACGCUGCUCUGCUCGCGGAGUGGCACGAGAUGACGGGGGAUGACGUCACGCAGGGGCUGAUUGACACGAGGCACCCUGCGGACGUCAUUGGCACGGAUGGCGAGUUCUUAGGGACCAGGGGCAGAGGCACGCGGCUGGAGGAGACCCUUGAUUGGACCUUCACGGUCCUGUGCAUGCAAGCGCACGUCGUCGCGACCGGUCUCUUGGAGGAAGUCUUCAACGUCACGUGGGCCGUCAAGCAGUUUGCUGUCGUCGAAGCCGGCUACCUGGAGUACGGGUUUGCACUCUUCGAUCUGCUGAAGGAGACCACUUCGUGGAUGUCCGUGGGGGGAAACGUCUGCCUCUGGUUCGCGGCCAUUGGCUACUUGACCGAGAUGCUCAGGAUUCUGCCAAGCAAGGAGCACGUUCCGCCGCCAUUUCUGAAGAGUGACGAGCAGGUUGAAGUCGUGGAGUUGGCAGCGAUCGAGAAGGGAGUCCUGGAGUGGGCGGUCGCUCAAUCGCAGGUCAAACGUCACUAUGACGCAACUCAGCUCAAGGAGCUGAUUGUGGCGGUCUUCGAGAGGGUUUCGAAGCACGAGGUGGGGCGGGAACGGUUCGAAUCGAACGAGCCUGCUGUCAAGGCGCUGGUCCAGGCAGCCGACGACGCUCUGUUCAAACCGACGCCUGCGGUCUUGUCAAAGCCGGAGGACUUCCGGCUCCGAGACCACCUCGACUGCAUUUCUCUGCAAAUCAAAGCAUGCUGGAACCUGCUGAUGUCGGACGCGCCGGAUGACAAAGCAAACGAACGGUGGCGCGCCUUUCUGGCGACGGGGGGGAUCCCUCUCCUGAAGAAAGUGCUGGGGAAGCGAGAAGUGCUGCUACAGCUGGCGGAAGAGCAAUUGCCGCUGCCGAUCGGCUUCUGGCCCGUCCCAAAAAUGGCAGAAGCGUUGUGGGAAAGGGCGGCAAGCGAGGCGGGCCUCACAGAGUGUGCUAAUCCGUUUAAGAAGCUUUAA